AUGGCAAAUGGGGCAUUUGGCAGAGGACCACCAGGAAAUUUUCUGGAUGACCAGAUCCCCAUGGAAAGAGGAGCAUCGGAUAACAAUGAGGUGAAGAUCCAGUGCCCAGAGCUCAGUGUGGCACAGAUGCCACUGUCCCAGGACCAGGACCCCAAGACAGCAAGCACUCCUUUAGGUCUGUGCCAUCUAACACAGCAGAUCCUCCACAAGAGCAAGAGAGAGCAAGUCCUGGUGCUCCUGAACACCCUUUAUAAGCCUCUCCUUUUCUCUUCAUCAGGCAUGCUACAAAGCAAAGUCCAGAAAAGGACUGCUUACAGCCAGAGGCAAAAGAGUAUCCUCCAAGUGUGGUUCGAAUACAACCCUCACCCUAAUAAAGCUACCAGAGAACAACUGGCUGAAGACAUUGGAGUUCCAGAGCAUAAAAUUCAGGUAGGUAUUAAGUUUCUGUUUCUGUCAGAGUCAAGAGACCAGAGAAAGAAACAGAGACAACUGAGGUCUGGAUGUUCCUCAGGAAAAGAUGAAACUCAGGCUCAGAGCCAGUCUCAGCCUUGGACUCAAGAAUACUUACCAAAAGAAGCCAGAUCAAACCAGACAUCCAUCAUGAGAUGCCAAACAAGUACCCUGCUACAGGCCUUUCAGGAGAAUCAAUUCCCUGGUCUUGCUGCCACGGAAAAACUGGCUAAACAAACAGAGGUUCCAAAAUCAAGAAUUCAAAUGUCAUUUCAGAACCAAGAAGCUCAGCACCUAGGGCACAGCAAAAGGGAACCUGUGAAUUCCUCAGAGGAUGGCCCAAAUAGGUGGCCACAUCUGACUGCUCAGCCAGAACAAAUGGACCUGUCCACUCUCCCAGGCAUGUCUCCUUUCCCUCCCUCUGAUUUUUUUGGCAGGAACCAAACAUUUCUACCUACUCUUCCAGAGUCCCAUGUGUCAUUUGUUGGCUGUGAUUCGGAUGGGUUCUGUGUGAGCCAGGCCUCAACAGUCCUGACCGUGCAGCCUGCCCAGGCUGUGCAGGGAGUAGAGAACUCUGACUCUCUUGUGACAGGUACCGAACACUUGCCAGUACAGCUGACUCUGGGAGGAGCCCUCUCAAAUACUCAGCCGCUGUUCUGGCCCCAAUCCCAAGAAAAAUGCCAGGAUCCCAAACAACACAUUGGCACAGAAGCACUGCAAUUAAAGGACUUUUCUCAGAUUGAUCCUGAGCAUGAAAAGCAAGAGUUGCAGCCUCUUGGUCAGCAUGACAUAUCUUACAUUAUGCAAUGGUGGGAAGAGUGGUGUCAGGCUGUGAUUGCAGAAUGGGAACCUUCCAGAGAGAUGCUACGGCAUCCUGGAUACACUGAAACACACCUGGAGCAGCAGCAGGCACAGUCAGCUGAAGAGCUAUCUCAUCCAACUGACCAACUGCACCAGCAAUAA